AUGCAGCCGCAAUCUAGAAAUGCUUUCCGAGAUAUCACUAACUCGACCGUCCCCGCCGACUCACAUCGAUUCACACCGACCAAGAGAAUGAGGGAUCCGACUACAACGGCGCCAUGUAACAAAAACCCGAAGGUGCAGUCGUGGGACUUGGAAGUUGAAGCAGGAAGAGCAAGAGUUCGAUCCAAAGCCGACGCCAUCGUCGCUCAGAUUGUUUCAGGCCCUUCAAGCAGAUAUCCAGGGGCAAGGGAAGGUUGGGAAGUGGAGGAGCAGAAUGGGUUGUCCUCUUAUGCAUCUUCAUCUUCAACCAUCUACUCCUCUUCCGGCAAGGCAUGCAACCGUCAGGGGCUGUAUGGAACGUUCCGGAAGAGGAACGGGAAAUCUGUCUUCAUCCCUUUCCCGGUCGACCCCAACACCGACACUGCUUGCUCCACAAGAACAGCUGGAUUGGAGUCAGCAGCGUCAUCAAGCACAGUAGAGGGAUGUGGGGCAGUACCCAGCAGCCAUGCAGCGACGUUCUGUAACCCGUCGCUUCCAGCUGCAGCAAGCGAAGUUUCGAGCUCCGAGAGGGUGAAAUCAGCAAGUCAGGAGCUCGUCUGCCACAAGCUCAAGCAGGAACGAACCCUCCUCAAGAGCUCCGUCUCUGAGGCCUUGGACCAGAUCGUUGCUAUAGCAUCAGCAUCUGCCCCACAGAAGAAGCACUGUCAGACCGCCCAAAGUUGUGAGGCAGAGGAUAUAGCUCUUGAUCCCGGCAGAACAGGAGCCACUGGUUUACUCUCCUCCUCCUCAACCGUCACCACCUACUCUUCUUCGAAGCACAUCUUCCCGUAG